CCUUGUCCUGCCUGGGGGAAGACAGAUAAAAGUUCCUUGGUGAGAGAGCUGGCCAGAAGCACCUGUAUGCAGGGGUAAGAGUGCAGGAUGAAGGCUGCAGAGAGUGAGGUCCCUGAUGCUCACUUCACUGUAGAUAAACAGAACAUCUCCCUCUGGCCCCGAGAGCCUCCUCCCAAGAUGGGUUCGUCUCCAGUUCUGAGGAAACCUUGCACGGUCCGUGCUGCCUUCGUCAUCCUGACGCUGGUCCUGCUCGCCUCUGUCGUGCUGCAGGCCAUUCUCUAUCCCUGGUUUAUGGGCACACUAUCAGAUGUAAAGACCAAUGCCCAGUUGCUGAACAGUCGUGUGGACAACAUCAGCACCCUGAGUUCUGAAAUUAAGAGGAAUAGAGGCGGCGUGAAGGCAGCUGGCAUUCAGGUCCAGAUGGUGAAUGCUAGCCUGGAUUAUGUGCAUUCUCAGAUCCGGAGGCUGGAAACCGGUAUGAAGGCAGUCAAUGCACAGAUCCAGAUGUUAACAAGAAGUUGGGAGGAAGUCUACAGCUUAAAUGCCCAGCUCCCAGAAUUAAAAAGAGAUUUGGAUAAAGCCAGUGCAUUAAAUGUAAAGAUUCGAGGACUCCAGAGCAAUUUGGAGAAUAUCAGCACGUUACUCAAACAGCAAAAUGACAUUCUACAGAUGGUUUCUCAAGGCUGGAAGUACUUCGAGAAGAACUUCUAUUACUUUUCUCAUGUCCCAAAGACCUGGUACAGCGCCCAGCAGUUCUGUGUGUCCAGGAAUUCACAACUGACUUCGGUGACCUCAGAUAGUGAGCAGGAGUUUCUGUACAAAACAGCAGGUGGACUUCCCUACUGGAUCGGCCUGACCAAAGCAGGGACUGAUGGGGACUGGUACUGGGUGGAUGAGACUCCAUUCAACAAGGUCCAGAGUAUGAAGUUCUGGAUUCCAGGUGAGCCCAACAAUUUGGGGAACAAUGAACACUGUGCCAAUUUAAAGAUGUCCUCACUUCAGUCAUGGAAUGAUUCCCCCUGUGACCAUCCGUUCCUUUUCAUCUGUAAACGUCGCUAUAUUCCAUCAGAACCAUGACAGGACUGACUCCCAAGUUGGCACUUUGA